UAGGAGUAGCCAUUCCACCAAACAAAAAGUCGCAGCCGUUGAUGAAAUAACGCGGGAGUCGACGAGUAUUUGGAAAGGCCGAUCCGCGUUUCUUCCAAAUCGCCGACUCCUAAAUUUUCCCUUUUCAACGCUUUCUCUCUUUCUAACUAUUCAAUUUUUCCCCUUAAUUUUAUCGCACUUACAAAGGGAUAAAAGCCAAUAAACCAUCCCCAAACCCUACUAAACUGGCGUUUGAUUUCUCCCCCUUUUCGAUCUCCGAUUUUCUCGCGUCCUGUGUAAUUCUAGUGGAGUUUCCUAUUUUUUUCUGCUUAAUUUGAUUCAUUUUUUAAUUUGACAUGGCCGAUCGAUUUUACGAUGAUAUGGAGAUUACGCUGUCCUCUUAUUCCAUACAUAGCAACGAUGAUUACAAUGAAGAGGAUGAGGAGACCGAGGGGGAGUAUGAGGACGAGGAGGUCAACGAUGUUGAAAUUGGGGGGAAAUCGGAGGAACUGGCGUGCCCUUUUUGCUCCGAGGAUUUUGAUGUUUUGGGAUUGUGCUGCCACAUUGAUGCCGACCAUCGCAUGGAGGUUAAACCCGGGAUUUGCCCUGUUUGUGCUGUGAAGGUACGGAUAAACAUGGCUUCACAUGUGAUUACUCAUCAUGAGAGUAUUUUGAAGGCUCUCUGCAAUAAGAAGCAUCGUAGCACUCGCUCUCGUUCAUCAAUAUAUCUACUGCGGAAGGAAUUGCAGGAGAAACAUUUACGCGCUGUUAAGGAGUCUCCUUCUGUUGGUUCUUCCUCUAAUGCAGCAGCUGAUUCCAUGCUUUUGUCGUUUGUCAAUAGUCCUCAACCAGCUUACAGACCCCAAAUCACUGAAGCUGCUUCUCCGUCUGAAGCAAGCUUAUCAGGAAAAAAUUCCCAUGAUGACUCUUCUGAGAGUGAAGUUCUUUCCAUAAUCCAUAGUUGACGUUGGAUAGAGCAAGCCUGUGUUGGUUGGUAGCAGUGGGAUUGGACAUAUCUUAUUUGUACCAUUGACCCAGUAUUUGGAUGUUACAUCAGCUAAUAUGAUCUAAACUAUUGAACUAACAUCGGUGAAGAUGUACCAAGUGCGAUCAACAUAUUCUCCUAAUGCAUCAGAUGUGGUUCUGAUUUCCGAACUCUUAACAUAUCCUCUUAUGUGCUUGUCAUUGCAGAUUUCCACCUUCUCUGUCAACAGACAGGAACAACGAGAUGGCCAGAAGGUCAGAGUUUGCACAGGGAUUGCUGCUAUCCACCAUUCUGGACGAUUUGUAAAACAGCCUGGUAUGCUCAAAGCUUCACUCGUGAUGCCUAAUUAUUGACAGAGAGGCGAUUGUUGAACUCGUGCACUGACUCUUUGUGAUUUUAACCACAUCUUGCCUGUGCAAUUGAACGUGAUCGGAGACACAAUAGUUUCAGUGGUCAGUUAGAUGCAGCUCCUUAUAUUGACUGUGUUGGUCCGAUCGUCGUGAGCUAGUUAGUGUAUGGUGUAAUAAUGUAAGCAGCUAAUGUAUUGUGAUAAGACCAUGGUCAGCUGCCUGCUUUCUUCUUUGUAGGUUAUUUUUAUCAAUAUACAUUUUCACGAGUAAAAUUGAAAUUGUGAUUUUGCAUCUGCUUCAGAGGAUGACUUGGUGGUAUUGUUAAAGCAUUGCCUUGUAACCUUGCUCACUUUCUUAUUGAUUUAUCCAAUAAUCAAAUAAAUAUUUGCCA